UUUAAAGCUGCGAAUUGAAAAUUACGUUAAAGCAUCUUCAGGAAAUAUGAAUACUGAAAUUUAUGAGACUUUACCUACAUCAUCUGUGGCUGUACACAUGACAGCAGGUGCAUUUGCCGGAAUUAUGGAACAUUGUGUUAUGUAUCCACUUGACAGUGUUAAGACAAGAAUGCAAGCAUUAACACCAAAUGCAGGUGUAAGAGGUGGAGUAAGAACUGUUCUAAGGAGAAUGGUACAACAAGAAGGUUUUUUGAGACCAAUUCGUGGUAUGAGUGCAAUGGUUGUAGGAGCUGGUCCUGCACAUGCAUUGUAUUUUUCAUGUUAUGAGUUUAUUAAAAAUAAAUUUUUGAAUUCAAGAACAUAUUCUGAAUUGAAUGUAGCUCCUUAUGCAAUUGCUGGUUUUGUGGCAACACUUCUUCAUGAUGGUAUAAUGAAUCCAGCAGAAGUGGUUAAACAGCGAUUACAAAUGUAUAAUUCUCCUUAUCAAAAUGUUAUGACAUGUAUAAGAAAUAUAUAUAAAAAUGAAGGUGCAUAUGCAUUCUAUAGAAGUUACACGACACAAUUGACUAUGAAUAUACCUUUUCAAACAAUCCAUUUUGUUACUUACGAAGUUGCACAAAUUAUUACAAAUCCUAAUCAUAUUUAUAAUCCAAUAGCACAUAUGGUAUCAGGUGCAUUAGCAGGAGCUGUUGCUGCUGCAGUUACAACACCUUUAGAUGUUUGUAAAACACUUCUAAAUACACAAAAUGGUGUACAAGCUCAAGGCAUGAAAGAUGCUUUAAGAAUUGUGUAUAGAUAUGGAGGUUUAUCUAGCUAUUUCCGUGGUUUAAAUGCCCGUGUUCUUUAUCAAAUGCCAGCCACAACUAUUUGUUGGUCAACAUAUGAGUUUUUCAAAUAUAUAUUUCAAGAAAAACAAGAUGAUGGAUAUCGUGGACCAGAAGUUGAUAAUGAUUCUUCGAGUGAAAUUAAUCAGAACCAAAGUUCAAAUUCUAGAUUUCACUUUCUAGUCUUUUUCAAGAUAUGAGCUUAUAUCUCAAUAAAAAUGCUCCAAUCUCAGUGUUACUCGGUGUGACAACGAGUUAAGUAUUUUUGAAUCUUUACCGACACCAUUUGAACUGUAUGAAGAACUAUAUUGAAUGGUAGAUAAAAUAUCCGUUUUUUCGUAUUUGGAGAGUUUAUCAAUAAUAUUUCGUUAAUUCAUCUACGCUAUUAUUACAUGUAUAUAAUAAUUCGUAAUGAAGAAAUACAUGUAUAAAUGAAAA